AUGGCAAGUCUCUUCCUCGGGUUUGUCGAAGAGCCCGCUCCCAUGGAUCCAAUUCUCAGACCCUCUAACUCGAGUCCUACCAUCCAAGGACACCUUGAGCUUAUCGAAGACUGGUGCAAAAAGUGGAGGACAAGGCUGAAUGUACACAUUGAGAAAACAGUCUUGCAAUCCGUUGUACAUCAACAACAAAGAGGUGUCUUCCAUUCAAGUCAAAUAAUUAGGUACCUAGACAACUGGCUGACACGGAAUCCCCAAGUGCGGCAAGAAGCAGUGCAGCAAGCGUUGGCCGCGAUGCAGGGGAGGCCGAAGCCCUCACUGCCGAUGCCGUCGAAAAGGACUUCCGUCAUGGCCAAGAGCCCGGAUAGAGACAGACACGAUUCCGCAUCGAGCUCCGACGAGGACAGCGUCGGCGGAGAUGCACAAAGCACCCCCGAAAGAGAGAGGGUGAGAGCUCCUGCACCCCUCCCGCCGCACAGCGACACCAGCAGCACAGGAUCCGCUAGAGAAACUCCUCCACAAAUUCAUAGGCAUACGAGACUACCAAACGGUGGCUCCGGUCAGACUGUUUGGGAAGAUCGAAAUGACCACAGAGAAGAGAGGAGCAGGGAGAAGCACAGAGAGAGAGACAGGCACAAACAAGAAAUAACAGACUUGGCUGAUGUCAUGCACAAUCUCAGGCCUUAUUCCCAACCUCCAGAUGUCACUCACAAUACUGGUCAAGCUCGAAGAAUAACGCCAGCUGAUCGAGUUAAUAGAUACAAUAGAUCGAGGCAAUCCUCAGAUGACGGAAUGGGCACUGUAACUGGUACAGGGAGGUGGAAAGUUUCGGCUAAAAUCCAACAGCUUCUAAAUACCCUAAAACGUCCUAAAAGAAGACCUCUUCCUGAGUUCUAUGAAGAUGAUGACAUAGAACUGGAAAUCGCUGCAAAUCCUAAGGAUCCGAACGCACCGAAACCAGAGGGAGCGACCAUGACACCUGCAAUCGGAGAUCAGCUUGUGGUGCCUUCUGGACUUCCAAGGAACCUAGAAGCUGCAAUUCAAAGAUACGGUUUAUCUACUUACAAAGCACCAGUCGCUACGGUUUUAGAUCCAAACGGAAAACUUAGCAUUACUCUCACUUACGGAAAACUGCUCAGCCGAUCGCAAAAGAUUGCCUACACGCUUUUGACUAAAAAUUUCAGUAAAGGAAGUGAUACUUGCUCUUUGAAAUGUGGUGACAGGAUAGCACUAGUCUACCCAAAUAAUGACCCCAUAAAUUUUAUGUGUGCCUUCUAUGGGUGUAUGUUUGCCGGAAUCGUUCCUGUCCCUAUUGAAGUGCCGCUUACCAGACGUGAUGCGGGAUCACAGCAAAUAGGCUUUCUUCUCGGCUCGUGCGGCGUUCAAGUGGCUCUUACGAGCGAGGCAUGCCUUAAAGGAAUACCGAAAACUGCAGCUGGCGAAGUAGUGGCGUUUAAGGGUUGGCCGAAACUUCACUGGUUUGUAACAGAACACUUGGCUAAAACACCAAAAGACUGGACACCGACACCGAGGCUGACUGAUGAUAAUCCAGCUUAUAUAGAGUACAGUACUGACCGCGACGGCUCUGUAAUGGGUGUCACAGUCGCAAGAGCAGCGAUGCUAUCACACUGCCGAAUGCUCACCAUGUCCUGUAAUUACACAGAAGGUGAAAACAUGGUUUGUGUGCUCGAUUUCAAAAGAGAAACCGGUCUCUGGCACAGCAUACUCACAAGCGUUCUCAACGGGAUGCAUGUUGUUUUCAUACCUUAUGCUUUAAUGAAAGUCAAUCCGGCAUCGUGGAUGCAGAUGAUUACAAAAUAUCGAGCGAGUGUUGCUGUCGUUAAAUCGAGAGAUUUACACUGGGGUCUUUUAGCAACAAAAGACCAUAAAGACAUCAGUCUUUCUUCACUGAGAUUGUUACUCGUCGGCGAUGGUGCUAACCCAUGGUCUUUGUCAUCCUGUGAUCAAUUCCUGACUGUUUUUCAAUCAAAAGGACUCAGAACGGAUGCAGUAUGUCCUUCGGCAUCAUCCACUGAGUGUUUAACUGUUUCCAUUAGAAGACCUGGGCGUGCUGGAGUGAAUGCAACAGGACGAGGAGUUCUGUCGAUGUCAGGCUUGAGCUACGGAGUCGUCAGAGUGGACCAGGAAAAUUCACUGACGUCCUUAACACUCCAAGACUGCGGCCAAGUUAUGCCAGGAUCGUGCAUCGUCGUGGUCAAAAUGGAAGGGACGUCGUAUCUUUGUAAGACUGACGAAGUCGGUGAAAUCUGCGUGAAUUCACCUGCGACGGGAAGCCAGUACUGGGGUCUCACUGGCGUCAGCAACAACACCUUCAGAGUUUCACCUCUGCUUCCGGACGGCUCUGCUCUCUCUGACGCUGAGUACGUCCGCAGCGGGUUGUUAGGUUUUCUCGGCCCGGGUGGACUUGUCUUCGUAUGUGGCUCAAGGGACGGUCUCAUGACUGUAACCGGAAGAAAGCACAACGCAGACGACAUCAUCGCUACAGUACUUGCAGUCGAACCUAUGAAAUUUAUUUAUAGAGGUCGCAUUGCCGUCUUUAGCAUGCGAGUCCUGAGGGAUGAAAGAAUCUGCGUUAUUGCCGAACAAAGACCAGAUUGUAGUGAAGAAGAGAGCUUUCAGUGGAUGUCGAGGGUCCUUCAGGCUGUUGAUUCCAUUCAUCAAGUCGGACUGUAUUGCCUAGCGUUAGUUCCGCCCAACUAUUUACCCAAGACUCCGUUGGGAGGGAUCCACUUGUCGGAGUCGAAAAGGAGAUUUUUAGAAGGAACUCUGCACCCGGCUAACGUUCUUCUUUGUCCGCACACGUGCGUCACCAACUUGCCAAAGCCCAGGGAGGUCCACCUAGAUGAAUACUUUAAAACCGCCCAAUAUGUUAACCAAAUUGGUGAAGAUCAAGAUGUAGGUCCUGCCUCAGUAAUGGUAGGAAACAUAGUACAAGGAAACCGUCUCGCUUCCGCCAUGGGAAGAGAUAUGGGAAUGGUCGAUGAAGAAUCAGACACAGCAAGAAAGUACCAGUUCAUAUCGGAGAUAUUGCGUUGGCGUGCGAUCUCGACAGCCGAGCACGUUAUUUUUACACUGCUCAACUCUAAAGGAGGUGUAGCGGGCGUCAUGACGUGUCAACAAUUGCACAAAAGAGCCGAAAGGGUCGGCUCGCUUCUUCUGGAAAGGGCGAAAAUCAACACGGGUGACCAUGUCGCACUCAUCUUCCCGCCUGGGAUCGAUCUCAUUUGUGCAUUCUACGGUUGCCUUUAUGUUGGUGCUGUCCCUGUUACUAUUAGGCCCCCUCACCCGCAAAAUCUACAAACUACUCUACCCACAGUGAGAAUGAUUGUAGACGUUAGCAAAUCGGUUCUAGUCUUGUCUAACCAGAAUGUUAUUAAACUUCUUCGCUCUAAGGAGGCGAGUAAUGUUAUUGACAUUAAAUCUUGGCCUGUGAUCCUCGACACUGACGAUAUGCCUAAGAAAAAAUUAACGGCGAUGUACAGGGCGCCGACUGCUGAAAUGCUCGCAUACCUUGACUUCAGUGUAAGCACAACGGGGAUGUUGGCUGGAAUUAAGAUGUCACACGCAGCAGUCACUUCUCUCUGUAGAUCGAUGAAGCUUGCUUGUGAACUCUAUCCUUCACGACACAUCGCCCUCUGCCUUGAUCCAUAUUGUGGUCUUGGAUUCGCUCUGUGGUGUUUAAGCAGCGUUUAUUCCGGACAUCAUACUAUCUUGAUUCCUCCGUCUGAAGUGGAAGUAAACCCCGCCUUGUGGCUUUCGGCAGUGAGCCAGUACAGAGUGCGAGAUACGUUCUGCUCUUACGGCGUAAUGGAGCUGUGUACGAAGGGACUCGGUUCGUCAGUCAACACUCUUAAAGCACGCGGCGUUUCCUUGGCGUGUGUGAGGACAUGCGUGGUCGUCGCUGAAGAAAGGCCGAGGAUCAAUCUGACUUCGAGUUUCUCGAAAUUGUUCUCCGCCCUCGGCCUCAGCCCAAGGGCCGUUUCGACAAGCUUCGGUUGUAGAGUCAAUGUCGCUAUUUGUUUACAGGGAGCGUCUAGCCCUGAGCCGUCGUCUGUUUUCGUCGACCUUCGAGCUUUGAGGAACGAUAGAGUUACUCUUGUCGAAAGAGGUUCUCCACACUCGUUAUGCCUUCUUGAAUCCGGUAAACUUCUCCCAGGAGUUAAAGUCAUAAUAGCAAACCCCGAAACCAAAGGACAGUGUGGGGAUUCACAUCUUGGAGAAAUAUGGGUUCAAUCUCCACACAACGCCAGUGGUUAUUUUUCAAUUUAUGGCGAUGAAAGUGAAUACAAUGAGCAUUUUAACGCUCGAUUGGUUACCGGUAAUACAGGGGAAGUUUACGCUCGCACCGGUUACCUCGGAUUCUUAAGAAGGACGGAAAACCUCAACACCACUUCUGCAAACGCUCCGAUAUUGAGUGAAGUCACCGACCUCACUUCUCUUCACGAUCUCUCCGCUUUGAACCGCAAUCCCGUUGUUGACACAUCAGAACUUCAUGAUGCAGUUUUUGUCGUCGGAGCACUCGAUGAGACAAUCAUGCUCCGUGGUAUGCGAUAUCAUCCAAUAGAUAUUGAAAAUAGUGUGAUGAGGUGCCAUAAAAAAAUAGCCGAAUG